AAUCAAAUAAAGAUAUAACGGAUCUUAAAAGUAAGGCAGCUAACAAACUAGAUAUGGUACUUGAGGUUAGUGAAGUGUCUAGUCAAGGCAAUGACAAAUAUAAGGUCAAAUUUGAUGAACUAAAG